AUGUAAGUUUUGCUGGUUUAUUCACUUUAAAUUCCUCCACAAGUUAUGGCGAAUGUAAUGGUAAAGUCUCAACAUCGUCUGUUAUGGAACUGGAAGCAGUGAAAUGGGCAAUACGGCGACUGAAUGACAACAAUUACAUUUCGGGAGUCAAAAUAGGAUUGAUUGCGUACCCUACAUGUCAAUCAGAACAGCUGUCCGGGUACAGAGCGAUGGAGAUCGCUACAGCAAUUAAGGAGAAAUCUCAAAACAUCCUAGGCAUCAUUGGUGCAACAAGGAGUUCUGAAUCAGAAUCCGUGGCUACUAUUCUAUCCAGACUUCCUGUCACAAUCUCGCCCCCGAUGACGUCAUAUUCCUCAACGUGCGUGUCUUUGAGUGAUAAAACCAGAUUUCCGAAUUUCUUCAGAACGAUUUAUUCAGAUCAUAUACAAAUAGAGGUGGGGUUUAAAAAUGUAUACUUUAAAUUUUGA